UCAGCGGCGGCAGCGGAGGCCCAGGCGGUGGAGGCUGAGGCUGUGAUGGCGGCUACGGCGGCGGCUCGGGUGCGGAUGGGGACGCGGUGGGCCCCGGCGCUCUGGCGGAUGCGGUGGAUGACGCUGCUGCUGGUGGCGGCGGCGGCCGCUGAGCAGCAAGUGCCGUUGGUGUUGUGGUCCAGUGACCGGGACCUGUGGGCUCCUUCGGCCGACACUCACGAAGGCCACGUCACUAGCGACUUGCAGCUCUCUACCUACUUAGACCCCGCCUUGGAGCUGGGCCCCCGGAAUGUGCUGCUGUUCCUGCAGGACAAGCUGAGCGUUGAAGAUUUCACUGCAUAUGGCGGCGUGUUUGGAAACAAGCAGGACAGCGCCUUUUCUAACCUGGAGAAUGCCCUGGACCUGGCCCCUUCCUCGCUGGUGCUUCCUGCCGUCGACUGGUAUGCAGUCAGCACUCUGACCACUUACCUGCAGGAGAAGCUCGGGGCCAGCCCCCUGCAUGUGGAUUUGGCCACCCUGCGGGAGCUGAAGCUCAAUGCCAGCCUCCCUGCCCUGCUGCUCAUCCGCCUGCCCUAUACAGCCAGCUCCGGUCUGAUGGCGCCCAGGGAAGUCCUCACCGGCAACGAUGAGGUCAUCGGGCAGGUGCUGAGCACACUCAAGUCUGAAGAUGUCCCCUACACAGCGGUCCUUACGGCGGUCCGCCCUUCCAGGGUGGCCCGUGAUGUAGCCACGGUGGCUGGAGGGCUAGGUCGCCAGCUGCUACAAAAACAGCCGGCGUCAGCUGUGAUCCAUCCCCCUGUGAGUUACAAUGACACUGCCCCCCGGAUUCUGUUCUGGGCCCAAAACUUUUCUGUGGCAUACAAGGAGCAGUGGGAGGACCUGACCUCCCUCACUUUUGGGGUGCAUGAUCUCAACCUGACUGGCUCUUUCUGGAAUGAUUCCAUUGCCAGGCUCUCGCUGACCUAUGAACGGCUUUUUGGUACCACGGUGACAUUCAAGUUCAUUCUGGCUAAUCGCUUAUACCCAGUGUCUGCCCGGUACUGGUUUACCAUGGAGCACCUCGAAAUCCACAGCAACGGCUCCGUGGCCUACUUCAAUGCUUCCCAGGUCACGGGGCCCAGCAUCUACUCUUUCCACUGCGAAUAUGUCAGCAGUCUUAGCCAGAAUGGCAAUCUCCUAGUGCCCCGCGUGCAGCCCUCAUCCUGGCAGUUGACUCUUCAGGACUUCCAGAUCCAGGCUUUCAACGUGAUGGGCGAGCAGUUCUCCUAUGCCAGUGACUGUGCUGGCUUCUUCUCCCCGGGCAUCUGGAUGGGGCUGCUCACCUCCCUGUUCAUGCUCUUCAUCUUCACCUACGGCCUGCACAUGAUCCUCAGCCUCAAGACCAUGGAUCGCUUUGAUGACCACAAGGGCCCCACCAUCUCUUUGACCCAGAUCGUGUGAUCCUGUGUCAGUGGGAGGUUGAGGGCAGGUUGGUGUCCAGGUUGUCACUUUCCCACCUUGCGGCACACCGGACUGAAGAGUUUCCCCUCCUCCUACCAUAGCAUGAACCCCAAGCUCCCGUCAACCUGUCUUGAUGCCUCUUCAACCCACUGAUGGGCUUCCCUGGAGCUGCCCCCAUCUCUACCAACAAGUUGUACAUAUUCUGACUAGAUAUUAGAUCUCCCAGGCCCAGUCAUUGUGAGGGGUAGGGGACAGGCAUUCUAGGGUCCCUUUUCUCCUUAUUUAUUCUCGUCUCUCCACCAUUACCCCUUGCUAUUUAUAGUGCUUUUGUGUAGCAAAUGCUCCCUCCCCAAGCUUUAUGGAGCUCCCUGCAGCAGCUAUGAGCUUGAGGUUCCCUGAGUUUGAGGGGGGCUGUGGAAGUCGUACUUAACUGUCUGUUCUGCUUGGCUGUCCUUAUUGUUUUUGGAGGAUGUUGUGCUAACAAUAAGCAGUACACUGGGAUUUAUUUCUGUGCCCUGAGAAGGAAGGGACCUCCUCGACAGGUGGGCUGGGUGUGAUCACUGGGUUUUUGACAUGUUCCCACCAUGAGUGCCUGGCAGGAGCCUUGGGGUGCUCGGUUGUUUCCUUCCGAAUAUAAUAAAGACGGGUGGCCGUGC